AUGAAUGCUUUAAGCAAAAUCAAGCAAGUCUCUAAGGAAGAUUUGCGUAACUUCUUAGCUACCGACCACCGUUCUUUUACUGUCCUUAACGUAUCUUUUAAGCAGAUAUUAAGCACGAAACGUACGAGCGUGAUAUUAUCAAAACCCUCGGCGAAGAAUUUCUACCUCAAAGACAAAGCCAAACCAACUUUAUUAAAACCGCAGCCUACUUUACCUGCUGAUUGCCGAAAAGAUGCUCAAAACUGUCAAUAUUUUGCUCUCUUUAGCAGCAAAGAAAAACGUCUCCAUACCCUUUUUAAAGAUAAAAUUGAAGCUAACUUUGAAGGAACUGCCGAAGAGCAACGAAAAGCCACAGUCUCUAAUGGUUCUAAACAGGAUUUUCUCACCGGCAGAUAUCUAGCUCCUAAUCAACACAUAUUCAAACGCCAAGAUAACACUUACUAUUAUCGUGCUAAUGAGCAACUCAUUGGGCAUUGUGCCAAACCUUUAAUCAUUAAAAAAAGCUACCGUUUAGGUUAUCAUUCUUUAAGCACACUGCCCCUUUGCCAGUUAGCUCAAUGGACUAAACCAUCAGUCAGCUUAGCUUUUCGCAAAAAAGCAGCGGCUAAAAUCACGCCAGUAGACUUUCAAGAGUAUCUUAUAACUAGCCUUUUGCUUUUCUGUAAAAAAGCCGAGUUUAUUAAUUUGCCUCUCGAAAAAGAAAAAGUGCCGCAAACCCAAGGCAAAUGCGACCAAUUAGACUAUACCCACUUCCAAAAAAUGCCUACUCUCCGCUUUAAAUUCGCCAAGGAGAAUGCCAACCUAGCUAGGAUUUUUAUGGAAAACCUUGAUAACCAAGCCCAAGAGUUUGAUAUUGAAGAGAAGCAAGGCUUUAUUGAUUCUCGUUUCCCUAAUCCAACCAUUGCUCGCAAUGCUUAUUUAAAUCAAUGA